AUGAACAAGAUCCGUCCUCGAUAUGCAGUUGACAGGUUAACAUACUCGCUAGACAUUUUCAAUGAGGAAUAUGAAAAGAAGGAUCGCACUUAUCCUGUUGGCGGGAAAGCCCGAAAAAUAUUCAGCUGUUCUACAGCCAAAUUUAAAGCUCUGAUACUUGGCCUCUUUCCUAUAAUCACCUGGGUGCCCAAAUAUAACAUAAAGGAAUAUGCACUUCCAGAUGUGCUUGGUGGCCUAAGUGCUGGCACUAUACAGGUACCACAAGGUAUGGCUUUUGCUCUUCUUGCAAACCUUCCACCGGUAAAUGGCCUGUACUCUUCCUUUUUUCCGCUUGUGACGUAUUUCUUCUUGGGAGGAAUUCCACAGAUGGUACCAGGUACCUUUGCGGUCAUUAGCAUCAUCGUGGGAAAUGUGUGCAUGCAGCUGGCUCCAGAAUCUAAUUUUCAGAUGUUAAAUGAAACUACAAAUAUAACUGUUACGGACACAGAGAAAAUGAAUGCAGCCCGGAUGCAAGUUUCAGCCACACUGGCAUGCUUAACAGCUGUUAUACAGAUUGCUCUGGGCUUUGUACAGUUUGGAUUUGUUGCUAUAUAUCUCUCUGAAUCCUUUGUCCGUGGUUUUAUGACAGCUGCUGGCUUGCAGAUCCUUCUCUCUGUGCUCAAAUAUAUAUUUGGAGUCACCGUUCCACCAUACAGUGGCCCUCUGGCCAUUAUAUAUACAUUUAUAGAUAUCUGUAAAAAAUUGUCACAAACCAAUGUGGCAUCUUUAGUGUUUGCUUUGGUCAGCAUAGUGCUGCUAAUCAUUGUGAAGGAACUGAAUCUCAAAUAUAUGCAUAAGAUCCGAUUUCCCAUCCCCAUGGAGAUUAUCAUCGUGAUUAUUUCAACAGCCAUCUCCGGUAGUUUCAACCUUCCUGAAAAGUAUCACAUGGAUAUUGUGGGACAGAUCCCUUUAGGAUUUCCGGCUCCUACCUUACCGCAAGUCAGUCAGUGGGGAGAAAUGUUUGGCACAGCAUUCUCCCUAGCUAUUGUUGGCUACGUGAUUAACCUUGCCAUGGGCAGGACCUUAGGAGCAAGACAUGGUUACGAUGUUGACGCAAACCAGGAAAUGUUGGCCCUCGGCUGUAGUAACUUCUUUGGUUCAUUUUUCUUUAUCCAUGUGAUUUGCUGUGCUCUCUCUGUUACUUUGGCAGUGGAUGGGGCUGGAGGAAAGUCACAGAUGUCCAGUUUCUUAGUCAUGAUGGUGGUCAUGGUAACUAUGCUGUCCCUUGGUGCCUAUUUAAAACCCUUACCCAAGGCUGUCCUAGGAGCCUUGAUAGCCGUGAACCUUAAGAAUUCUCUAAAGCAACUUGCUGAUCCUUUCUACCUUUGGAGUAAAAGCAAACUUGAUUGUUGUGUCUGGGUUGUGAGUUUUCUCUCCACAUUCGUCCUUGGUCUUCCUUAUGGAGUUGCUGUUGGUGUGGGCUUUUCUGUCUUGGUUGUCAUAUUCAAUACACAAUUUCGAAAUGGAUCAGCAUUGGGUCAGAUUUCUUCUACUGAUAUAUACAAGAACCCCAAAGAGUACAGCAAGGUACAGUCUAUUGAUGGUAUUAAAAUUGUCAAUUACUGUUCCCCGUUAUACUUUGCAAAUUCAGAAAUAUUUCGACAGAAAGUCAUCAAGAAGACUGGGCUGGACCCCAACAAGGCCUAUCUGGCGAAAAAAAAGUACCUGAAAAAGCACGAGAAGGAAGAAGAAAAAAGACAGAGAGGAUCUGUGUUUAUGAAGAGUAAGACUUUGUCACUCCAGGAACUUCAGGAGGACUUUGAUGGUGUCCCUUCCACUGACUCCAACAACAACAGCACUGUGAAUGGGACAAACAGUACAAACAGUACAAUCAAUUACAUAGCAUCUAACACCCUAACUGUGAGUUCUCAAAUCUCAGCUCAUAUUCCAAAUGGUGCGUCAGCCCAAGCUAAAACAGAAGAUCCUAUCAUGACAGCUCCUCCGAUUGUCAACUUCCAUACGAUCAUUAUUGACAUGAGCGCUGUGUGUUUUGUUGACCUAAUGGGAAUCAAAGCAUUAGGAAAGUUAUGUUCCAGUUACCAGAGGAUUGGGGUAAACUUCUACUUAGCAGAUGUACAAGCUCAAGUAUAUGAUGACAUUAAACAAGGAGGAGUUUUUGUUGAAGGAGGCCUCAGUCGUGACCAUAUAUUUAUCACUGUACAUGACGCUGUGUUAUAUGCAUUGGCCAACUAUACUGGAACAAGGCAUGAAGCCUACACAAAGGAGGGCUCUGGUGACAUAGAGAUUUGUGUGCAAGAUAUACAAGAUGACAUCAGCAAGGAUUACCCAAAUCUUGAAGAGGCAAUGUUUGGCAGCAUGUUCCAGAUGGAAAUCCAAACAGCACUGUAAGGAAUGCACUUGAGAAGUGGUCUACAACAAUGUUC